ACGGUCGCGGGAAGUCCUUUGCCACGCGCGUGAUGGGAAGAACCUAGUUCUUGACUCAUUCAAACUUUUUGUAAACAUUACUAAGUUUUUAUCGGGGACAGACUGGUUCCUGGGUCAGUGAGUCAUCGACUCCAGACGGACGGAGACCGAUAUUUGCCUGGUACUCAGACGUAGCUUUAUUUUUUUUAAAGUUGAUGCUAGUUUAAGAAACUGUUUCGGCAGUGCCUUUAAGCUAAUCCGUGGCCAUCUUUUACUAGCGUGUCGGAAUUCGCGAGCACCCAAUGAGGGUGAUUUUUCUUUUAAAACGUUGUUUUUCGAUUCCCUUUCAGCCGAUACCUUUGUUUAAAGGUAAUUAUACAUUGGUUUAUUGAGCGAAAAACACUGCUAUCGUCACAUUUUUGGACUAGUCGCGCAUUUAGCUGCCCGUGUUGUCGACGAAGCAGGGGUUUAAACUCUGAAAAUGUCGACUUGCACUCGAAGACGUCUCGGAACUCCUCCCAAGAGCCUCCACAUUCGCCAGAAACUGCAGUUCACAUCCAGCGACGGAGAGGAGGAUUCUAUUGAGGAUGUUAACAGCAGCAUUGGGGGCGAGUCCGGCUUCACGGACAUGGAUUCCCCCAUGCCAGUCCGACGGGGCGCCGCCGCCGACAAGCUGCGGGGAACUAGCAACAGCAGCCCCCUGAAUCACUCUGGAGGGGACGACGACGUGGAGCUGUGGGACGAAGAGAGCCUCGACUCCCCGUCGUCGCACCUGCAGUCACCGAACAGUGUCAUUUACACGAACUGCCCAUCGCCGAGGAAGAGCCCCAGGUUGUACGGGGGCUCGCCGGAGCAUAGCUUCGUCCAGGACGACGGGGAAGGAUCCAGCUCUCCCAUCCCGGACUGCCCGGACACCCCUCCACACAAAACCUUCCGAAAACUCAGACUUUUUGACACACCGCAUACACCAAAGAGUUUGCUCUCCAGAGCUCGGGGCUCCGGCUCCCUGUCCUCCAGCAGGAGAAUCGCCCUGUUCAAAAAGGUGGAGUCUCCUGGAAAGUCAGCCACAGACAGCACCAGGAGGAGACAGCAGGUUCCCCUGGUGAACUUUAACCCCUUCACCCCAGACUCCCUGCUCAUUCAGUCUGCCACACAGCAAAGAAACAACAGAAAAAGAGCGCACUGGAACGACUCUUGCGGAGAAGACAUGGAGGCGAGCGACAGUGAAGGAGUGGAUGAGAUCCUCCCACCAUCCAAGAGAAUCACCAUGAUGGAGAGCAACAUGAUGUCUCGCUACACCUCGGAGUUUCUCGAGCUGGAGAAAAUAGGCUGUGGCGAGUUUGGAGCCGUGUUCAAAUGUGUGAAGAGACUCGACGGUUGUAUUUAUGCCAUCAAGAGGUCAAAGAAACCUCUGGCGGGAUCAGUAGACGAACAAAAUGCCUUGCGGGAGGUGUACGCUCACGCCGUGCUGGGCCAGCACCCUCACGUGGUGCGGUACUACUCGGCCUGGGCCGAGGACGACCACAUGCUCAUCCAGAACGAGUACUGCAACGGCGGCACGCUCUCAGACGUGAUCGCGGAAAACUACAGACGGCUCAGCUACUUCACUGAGCUGGAACUUAAAGAUCUGCUGCUGCAGGUUGGACGAGGGCUGAAGUACAUCCACUCCACUUCUCUGGUGCACAUGGACAUUAAGCCUAGUAACAUUUUCAUAUCGCGGAAGCCUGUGGCCAGCUUUGAUGAAUGUGAUGAGGUGGAUGGACUAGCAACCAGCGUUAUUUACAAAAUAGGUGAUCUUGGUCAUGUGACUACAGCGAACAAUCCACAGGUGGAGGAAGGUGACAGUCGAUAUUUGGCUAAUGAAGUUUUGCAAGAGGACUACAGUAACCUGACAAAAGCAGACAUAUUUGCUUUAGCUCUUACUGUUGUUGGUGCUUCUGGCGCUGACCCUUUACCCUCCAAUGGGGAAAAGUGGCACGAAAUCAGAAAGGGUAAACUGCCCUCCAUCCCUCAGGUGCUUUCUCCAGACUUCCUCUCUCUACUCAAGCUGAUGAUCCACCCUGACCAGGUCAGACGACCUUCGGCCUCCGACCUCAUUAGACACCCGGUGCUCCUGACCUCUGCCAGAAUGAGUGCAGACCAGCUACGAGUGGAGUUGAACGCUGAAAAAUUCAAGAAUGCUUUGCUUCAGAAGGAGCUGAAAAAAGCCCAGAUGGCCAGAGCAGCUGCUGAGGAGAAGGUUCUGUCCACCGACAGAGUCCUGACCCGCUCCACUCUCCAGUCCAACCUCCGAACCUCAAGACUAAUUGGAAAAAAGAUGAACCGCUCAGUCAGCCUGACAAUCUACUAAGACUUUGAAGCCAACUCUCAAGGCUUAAGGACCUCCUAACCAGACUUGGUGUGUGGUUUUUAUUCUCCUGGACUGCUGCCACACAGAACUGGAAGUUCUUUACACCUUUGUUGUAUAGUUGAAACCUUCUGCCCAUCUGUGUCUUUCUUGAUCAAACGGUCAUCCGUCAAAGGCCGUUGCUUUACCCUUCACAGUCCCGGUGUUGCGUGGAGAUCAGGCUCUGCACCGUUGUGUCCUUGCACUUCCCCUUGAAGACGCUGAAACCCUUUAGUAGCAGAUCAAAGCUGCAGUGAAGCCCUCUCCCGUGUGAAUGUACUUGCCUCUACCAUGUGCACCUUACUGCCUGUCAUAAGCCUGAUGCUGGGUGCAGGACUGCCUGAGGAUCGAUCACGUCUCUGUUUGUAAUGGAGCACUUUGAAGGCACCGUGUGGUCACAGUGUUGGCCACGUUUUGUUUUGUUUUGCAAAAUAUGAAAAACAAACUUGCUGCUAUUGAGUAAUUUUUUGUGUAUCAGGGUUUGGUCAGUUUCAGCUGGAUUCUUCUACAGAUAGUUGGCUUUUAUUUUCAAAUAUAAACCAGUCAUUUGCAUAUUUAGUUUUACUGCUUAGGAGUGAAAUCAACUGUGCCAUUUUGGUGAAAAGAGACCGUUAGUUUGAAUGAAUCCGGCCUUGAUCAGUGCUGCCAGCCCUCCCUGUAGCAUUAGAACAGCCACCGUCCUGUUCGUCAUAUUUUCAUGUGUUCUGCUGUCACAAUUCCAGCUCGUCCUUUUAGAUUAGUUGUAAUCGUCCGUACGUUCUUGUAGCUUCAGACACAAGAGCUUCAUGUUGUAACAUGUACAUAAUGUUCUUUAAAUAAAACCUCAUCAUUUCUCCUCUUCUAUUUUA